AUAACUUAAAGUUUCCCUCAAAACUUCACACACUCACAGCGCUGAUCAGCCCCCCGCUCAGAAGCAGCAGCAUGGCUCUGACCAACAAGUGGUGGAUUUUGUGCGCCGUUUCGCUCUCUUGUCUCAUCCAUUCUGGGUCUUGCAGACGACACAGGGAAGAUGCAGCCCAACCUGAGCUCUUGAUCUUCAACGAGCUGUGCGCCAUGAAGGACGAUCCGGGGCCCUGCAAGGCCAUUAAGGAGCGAUUCUUCUUCAGUGUUGAAACUGGACGCUGCGAGCUGUUUGAAUAUGGAGGCUGUGGGGGAAAUGCCAACAACUUCGAGAGCAUGGAAGCUUGUGAGGCGAUGUGCUAUGUCUCAGAGGACAAAAACCCUUGCCAUCUGCCUGAAGCUCCCGGUCCCUGUCGAGGACUGGUGACACGUUACUUCUUCGACACAAAGAGUCAGCAGUGCAAGCAUUUCUUCUACGGCGGCUGCUUUGGCAAUGCAAACAACUUCAGGAGCAUGGCGCAGUGCCAGGAAAAGUGUCAGAACCCAGUGAAACCCACCAAGGCUCCAGAAGUCCACACUCACUCUGCUAGAAGAGCUUUUAUGAUACAGCCAACAGUAGCAGCUGGUGAAAUGACUGCAAGCGAGCCUCAGGUGCAAAAGAAUGAAACCAAUCAAGAGGUAACAGAAGUAAAGCCCAGAAAUCUCUGCUCCCAGCCUGUGGAGGGAGGAAACUGUGACGGUGCAGAGAAGAGGUUCGCAUACAACCCACAGACCAGGAGGUGCCACGUGUUUCGCUACAGCGGCUGCGGUGGGAAUGACAACAACUUCACAAGUCGUAAAGAGUGCAGUAUGAAGUGUGCUCGACGCAGGAAGACUCAAGGGAAGAGGAUGAUCAGGAUAAGGAAGAAAAACCUUGACAUCAUUCACCGCUCUGGUUGAACAAUUCACAUUAGACCUGACUCUGGUGUGGAGCCACGUGUAUUUAUGUCCAUAUUUUAUUUUUAGCUAUACUUUUAUCUGUUGUGUGUAAUGCUUGUUGUAUAAAAUCAUUGGCAGUGGAAAAGGUGCUUUAGCUUUUAUUGGCUUAAGGCUUAUUUUAUUAUUUACGAAGUGGCUUAUAUUGAUUUCCAUUUGACAAAAACAAAACUGUUAUGCUGAUAUCUAUUAUCUCCUCAAUGAUUUUGAGUGUCCAUGCUUUUGGAUAAACAAUGUUGUUUUUUAUAGUUAUCUAAGGCUAUGAUUUUAUAACCAAACUUGUGUUUUAUGUAAUAAACACCAAAGUUGCAGUGUGA